AUGACUAAGAUUACAAUAUUGGACGAUGAUGAGAGCACAGAGGAAUUUCAAGCUGCAAAACUAGAAAAGGCACUGAGGACUCUUUCGUAUGGUCUAGAUUUGCAAAACUGUGAUAUUAGCGAGGCAGUAACUAAAAUUAGUAACGGAGUGCCAUCGACCGUACGGAAAUCUGAAUUAAUCAACUUUAUCGGCGAGACGUUAGCGGUGCUGGUAACGAUCCAUCCCGACUUCUCCAUUUUGGCAGCUCGUGUGGAAAUAAAGCUACUGCACAAGAAAUUAGAGGGCAUAUCGUUCACGAGUAAUCUGGGAAUUCUACGAAAUUUGAAGGUUAAUGAGGCAUCGGUGUCAUCCCAUUCCAAACGUCGAAAACUUCAAGAAAAACAGUUUACAAAAAGCCUAAUAUCAAAUGAUUUUUAUGCUAUGGCCCUUAAGCAUAGAGAUGUGUUGGAUAAUGCCAUCAAAUACGAUCGAGAUUUUGACUUUACGUAUUUUGGAUGGAAGACCUUAUGCAAAUCGUAUUUGAUCAAGCGCGAUAACAAAAAUGUUCAUGAAACUCCGCAGUUUUUGUUUAUGAGGGUUGCCUUAGCGAUUCACGGUCCAAAUGGCUCUGUUGAUGAUGUGCUGGAAACUUACGACUUGAUGUCCAGAAAGUUUUUUAUUCAUGCCUCUCCUACGUUAUUCAACGCAGGAACCGUCAAUCAAUACUUAUCCUCAUGCUUUCUCCUUGGAAUGUUAGAGGAUUCAAUUGAUGGGAUAUACCGUACUCUACAUAAAACUGCGAUGAUAUCAAAAGCUUCUGGCGGUGUUGGUAUUCAUGUAUCAAAUAUAAGGGGAAGCGGUGCGUUUAUUUCAGGUUCAAAUGGCACUUCGAAUGGUCUGGUUCCUAUGCUACGUGUUUUCAACAACACAGCUCGCUACGUUGAUCAAGGUGGGAAUAAGAGGCCGGGUGCCUUUUGCAUAUACCUAGAGCCUUGGCAUUGUGACAUUUUUGACUUUUUACAACUUCGGAAGAACCAUGGAAAAGAAGAAUUGAGAGCACGGGAUCUUUUCUAUGCUCUCUGGAUUCCUGACUUAUUUAUGAAGCGCGUUGAGAAUAAUGAAGACUGGAGUCUUUUUUCCCCGGACGAAGCACCUGGUUUACAAGAUUGCUACGGUGAAGAGUUCGAAAGAUUAUAUGAAUCUUAUGAGCAAAAGUUGAUACCGGUCAAGACAGUUAAGGCGCAGGAGCUUUGGAGCGAAAUUUUACAAAGUCAAGUUGAGACCGGCGGUCCUUUCAUGCUAUAUAAGGAUUCCUGCAAUAAAAAAUCAAAUCAAAAAAACCUCGGUACUAUUAAGUCAUCCAACCUCUGCUGCGAGAUUGUUCAAUACAGCUCACCAGAUGAGAUAGCUGUGUGCAAUCUUGCAUCAGUUGCUCUCCCUAGUUUUGUGAAGAUCGAAGGUACAGUAGCAAAGUUUGAUUUCAAGAUGCUCCACCAUGUUGUAAAGCUUGUUACGAGAAAUUUGGACCUUGUCAUUGAUAUUUGUGACUAUCCUGUUGAAGAAGCUGAAUACAGCAACAUGAGAAAUAGACCUUUGGCAAUUGGUGUGCAAGGAUUAGCUGAUUUGUUCAUGAUUUUGAAGAUUCCAUUCGAAUCUAUAGAGGCAUCGAUACUCAAUAAACAAAUCUUCGAGACGAUUUACCAUGCAGCUAUCGAACAAUCUUUGGAAAGCGCAAAGAAACGCGGUUGCUACAAAACGUUCCAGGACUCACCUAUCUCCAAGGGUCAAUUUCAAUUUGACUUGUGGGGUCUUGGAUCAGACAACUACAAGUUCCUUUAUAACGAUUGGGAUGAAAAGAGAGUGGAUAUUGUAAAAAACGGAAUUAGAAAUUCUUUGUUGGUGGGCCCUAUGCCUACUGCUUCGACGUCGCAGAUAUUAGGUUUUACCGAAUCUUUUGAGCCUUUGACAUCAAAUAUUUAUACAAGAAGAGUCUUGAGUGGCGAAUUCAUGAUUGUAAACCACUAUAUGGUCCGGGACUUUUGCAAAUUGGGAAUUUGGAAUGAGAAAUUGAAAAAUCGAAUAAUCUCUGAAAAUGGUUCUAUUCAACAUAUUGACGGUAUUCCCAAGAGUUUGAAAGACAUUUACAAGACGGUUUGGGAAAUUCCACAGCGCAAGCUGAUCGACCUGGCUGCCGAAAGAUCACCCUUUAUUGACCAAUCACAAAGUAUAAAUCUGUUUUUGAAGCAACCGACAAUGGGUAAGCUCACCAGCAUGCAUUUUUAUGGGUGGAAGAAAGGCUUGAAAACUGGAAUGUACUAUUUAAGAACUCAAGCAGCCUCGAGUGCCAUACGAUUUACUAUCAAUGAAGAAAACACAUUACAAGGUGGAGUCGAAAUUGUCAAGGAUUUGAACUGCGUCUUUCCAAAGUUGUCUGGAAGUUAUUUAUCGUCUAGCAACAAAAGCGUUUUGCUGGGAGAUAAGAAAGAAGAUGAGACAACAUCACUAUCGGUAGCAGAACAAAAAACGGCUGUCCUCGACCAAGAUGAUAUCUACGGAAUUCAUGAUUCCACACCAUUAUCAUGUACAAUAGUUGAUGGAGAGGCUCAUUGCGAAAGCUGCUCAGGAUAG